ACGAAGGUGAAUGGGUGAUAGUUUUCGUAUCGUGUUUUGAGAAUACUUUUACUUAAUUUACGAAUUUCUGUAAAUUUUGUGAUAAAAUAAUUGAAUAAGGCCGUGUUCUUUCUAUAAUAAUGAUCUAUAAUGAAAAUUACUAAUUUGGCGUAGUGUGUUUACUUGAAAUGCUAAAACCAAAAUUACGUGGGUGUAAACUGUUUUCAAAAUGCAGAACAAAGUGGCAAUAUUAAUAUUUACUUUAUCCUUUUUCCUAAAUGCUUCUGCUGUACACAUAAAAGGGGAAUUCUCUACCAAUGAAUUCUUCAAGUUCCUUGCUAAGUUUGGUUUCCAAAAGACUGACAUUCACUACCAAAAAGAAACAUAUGGAUACAUUUUUGGUAACUUGACUUCAAACCAAGAAUUCAAGUAUCCUGUAACAUUUGCCGUGUUAGAUAGAAGGCAUUUCAUACACUACUACAAGAGCCGAUUAAUAGAAGAUAAAGAAUUAGCAUGUCAAGUCAUGUUUCAAAAUCUUAAUAGCACAGCCUACCAUCCAAAGUGCAAUGUGUAUGGACAGGAUCUCUUUAGGAGGAUACCAUGUGCAAAAGGAGAACUAUGCAUUGAUGAGGACACACCAUGGAAUGUGGUGAAGAAAAACCAGUUUACUUAUGUCAUACAGAACACAGGCCAGCCAAGAUUUUGGUAUGUCUCCAUGGUGGCAUGCUACUUGGAUGAGGAGACAUGCUCGUGGCAUCACUACAAAGGAGAUAUUUCAAACAAAUCCCUAAUGAACCAAGAACAAUCAAUACAAUAUGAUUUUUGGCUAGUCAAUGGAAGUCCAAACAUUUCAUUUUACAAUGCCCUGUCUUACCAGUUCUCAUUUGAUCAUCAAAGCACUCUGGAGAUUUAUCUGGUAUUCUGGCAAUGCUACAUUAUUCUGUUGCCGCUACAAAUCUAUGCUGCAAGAACACAGCAACACCCAGUAACAAGACUGUUCACUUCAAGUCUGGUGCUAGAGUUCCUGGCUCUGUGCUUCAAUGUCAUCCACACAAUCAAGUUUGCCAUUGACGGAGUUGGCUUUGAGGGACUGGCUGUCGCCGGGGACAUACUUGACAUUAUGAGUAGAACGCUGUUCAUGCUGCUACUGCUACUCCUGGCCAAGGGCUGGGCGGUGACGCGGCUGGAGCUCACGUGGAAGCCGCUGGUGUUCGGCGUGUGGCUCGCGUACGGGGUCGUGCACACGCUGCUCUACGUGUGGAACACUACGGAAGUGGACAUAAUAGAAGAGAUAGACGAAUACCAGACCUGGCCGGGCUGGCUCAUCCUCGUCCUGCGCGUCUUGAUCAUGGCGUGGUUUGUCCUGGAGCUUCGUAACACUAUGAUCUACGAACACAAUAUGGCCAAACUGAAUUUCCUCCUGCACUUCGGGGCUUCGAGCUUGGUCUGGUUCGUGUAUUUGCCGAUCAUUGCUCUGAUCGCGCUGCAGAUCAGCCCGCUGUGGAGAUUCAAGUUUUUGUUGGGUAUAACGUACUCUGCGGACUGCCUCGCGUUCUGCGUGAUGGCGCACCUGCUGUGGCCAACGCGCUCCGAGCAGUACCUGCUGCUAGCGCCCUCUAACUAUACAGCCGGUAUAGAAGAAUUGGACGAACUCAACGAGUCUCCUCACGCAGUGCACAGCGACACGGCGCCGCUGACAGGCGCUGACAGCAUCAACGCUGACGAUGAAGAUGUCAUCUUCACAAGGGCCAGCAAGAACGGACAUGUCUACUCAUAGCCAGAGGACGAGUGUAACUAGUGACGGUGUGGAUUUGGAUUUUGUCACAGGUUCCUAAGAACGGAAAAGUGGAUUUUGUCACGGUUGAGUUGGAACUGUUAUCUUUUGUAAAACGAUAUCAAUGCUGACGACGAAGAUGUCGUCUUCAUCAGACAGAUCAAGAACAUAGUCUAUUCAUAGCCUGAGGACGAGUGUAAUUAGUGACAAAGUGGAUUUGUGUUUAGUCAGUUUCAUAGGAAC